UGAUGCUAUGACUUUAGUUCUUUAGUAGUGUUUUUGUUCUUGUUCUAUGUUUAUUGUUUAUGUAUUUCAAUUGAAAAUUUUCUUAUGUAUCAUUUAAAGUGAAGGUUUCGUAAUUCUUUACCUUCUUUUUCAUUCAAAAUUGAGAACAUUUCGGAAAUCAUGGCAGAUGAGAAUUGUUGGAGAACAAAUUCUUUUAGACAAAGUAUUGUUGCUAAAAUCGAUGAGGCAAUACGUACUUCUGGAAUGACUACGGCAAGAAAUAGCCUUGAAAUGGAAAACCACGUUUUUCAGAAAGCUAAAACGAAAGAAGAGUACCUUGGAUUUGUUGCACGACUAAUUUUGCAUGUUCGAGAAAUCAAGACCAAACAGGGAGGUGGAAUGACUGGGCCGGGGCCUGGUCAAGGAGGUCCUGGAAUGCCGGAUCCAAUAAAUGCUCUUCAAAAUUUAGCAAGCCAGGGCACUCGUAAUCCUUUGAUGAAUAUGGGUCCUCAACCUGGUCAAAUGGCAGGGCAACAGCAAGCGACAGCUACGAAUCUCCUACAGACUCUUAAUAGGGGUCCUGGACAACAAAUGAUGAUGGGCAAUAUGCAAGGAAAUAUGACGGGUGGGAUGUCGAUGCAGGAUAGGCAAAAUAUUGGAAUACCUCCAAAUGGAGGACAAAUGGGAGGAAAUCAGAUGAGUAACCAGAUGGCAAAUCAGAUCAGGCUUCAGCAAAUGCAAAGCAGCGGCAUGAAUCAAAUGCCAAGCCAUCUUGGCGGUCAAUUACAAAGUCAGAUACAAAAUCAAAUGGGCAAUCAGAUGGGAAGUCAAAUGGGAAACCAGAUGCCAGGGCAGCUCUCUGGGCAGAUGCAAAUGGGAAAUACCAUGCCAAGUCAAAUUCAAAAUCAAAUGAUGGGUGGUAUGUCUCAGAUGGGGCAGCAAAAACCUCAAUCGAUGAUAAUUAACCAGAUCAAUCCUAAUUUUCCACGCCAACCUACACCGAAUCAGAUGUUCAACCAAAGUACAUCUCCGUCUGUCCAAUCACCAGCUGGUUUGGGAAGUCAGCCUCCGGUUGCAUCGCCUGUUCUGGCACCUUCUCCGGGAGCUCCAAUGAGCAUGAUGGGAGGCCCUCCAAGGUCUGUCGGUAUGGCGCCUAGCCCUGGGAGUUCUUUGAAUACACCCGGACAGCCCAAUCCGAGUCCGUUAGGGGGUGGAUCUUCGAUGAUAGACGAUCAGGCUUACAGAGAUAAGGUCAGGCAAUUGAGCAAAUAUAUCGAGCCGCUGAGGAAAAUGAUAGCAAGAAUGGGAAAUGAAGAUGGAGAAAACUUGAGCAAAAUGAAGAAACUUCUAGAGAUAUUAUCGAAUCCUCAUCAGCAGAGAACGCCUUUGGACAUUUUGAAAAAAUGUGAAAUAGUAUUGGAAAAGAUAGAUUUUCGAAGAGGAGACGGAACCGGACCCGCUUCCACACCCCAGACGCAAUCCAAGGAACCUCAUGUUUUCCACGCUUUAUUAGAUGCGAUCAACAGCAAUCUUCACAGCCCUGUCAUAAAUCAUACUUUGCAUCGCACUUUUGGACCUACUCUUGAUGCACUCUUUGGACCAGAAAUAAAGUUGGUACCACCACUGAAGAAAAUCAAAGUUGAGGAACCCACAGGUGAUAUUCCAGACGUCCUUCAAGGGGAAAUCGCUCGCCUGGACCCCAAAUUCAAGGUUUCACUGGAUCCAAAUCAACAACCGGGCUCGAAAUCUAUCCAACUGAUUUGUUGGUUAGACGACAAACAUCUCCCGUGCGUCCCGCCUAUUUCGUUGGUUGUACCGGAGGAUUAUCCAAAAAUGUCACCUACUUGUAGUGUAGCUCCGAACGAAUACAACGCUACCGAAUUUUUAUCGAAAGUUCAAAUCAACCUAUUUUCGAGAAUUAAGAAACUUCCCCAGUAUUUUUCUGUGUCGCAUGUUCUUGAUACUUGGGAAAUGAGUGUUCGGCAAGCAGCUGCUGGUUCGACUAAGCAAAUGGACACUCUGGCUGUGAUGUUGGGACUAUGAUUUGUGGAAAUAACUGCUCAACUACGAAAAGUAUGGCACAAUUUGGGUCGAUUUUGUCGAUUUUACUGGAAUUUCAAUAUCUUCGUGACAUGUUAGUCGUUACUCAUGAUAUCAACUACUGUUUCAUCUGUAUAAUAUUUCUCUGUCACUUCAUGAACGAACAUCAUUCAAGUACUUUUAUUUAAAUGUAGAAGUAUUGUUUUUUUUUUCAAAUAAGCCUAUCUACAAAAUUUUAGGUUAGCGGCCUAAAAACAUCUUUAGAUUGUGCCGUUCUUUAUUUUUAAUUUUUUUUAUCAUGUUAUGACAAUGUAGAAUGAUGAAAAUAUUUUUAAAAUGUAUUUUACCCACCAUCUGUCAUUGUUAUUUAUAUUUUUUUCUGUUAGAUAUUUUUCAAUUAUAUGAAGUUUUGAACCUUGUUCUCAGGAAUUAUUCAAAAUAUGUGCUGUACGUUUCCACUUUUCCAGGAAUACAUUUUAUUGAAUGA